GCCGUGGGGCCGCCCCUUCCUGUCUCCGUGCGGCACGUUCCUUCCGCUUCCGGCGCGUAGCUGCUUCCGCUUUGCCUAGCCACCGGGGCCCCGGUGAGGAUGGAGGCUCACGUGGCUCAAUAUUCCGCUCGGCUCCUGCAGCAGGAAAAAGAGAUCAAGAUCUUGGCUGCAGAGAUUGAUCGACUGAAGAACUUUGGCUCCUUGGAAGUAUCUCCAAGUUUGGAAGGAUUGCGAGACGAAAACGCAAAGCUUAAGUACCGGCUAAACGUUCUUCAAAAGAGUCUUCAAGAGGAGAGAAAUAAGUCCGUGAAAAGCAUGAUUAAUAUCAACAGCCGCAUUCAGGAGAUCUUCAGAGAUGCCAUCAAGGCUGCAUAUCCGGAUUUAGAAAACCCCCCACUAGCAGUCACGCCAAGUCAGCAGCCCAAAUUUGGGGAUUACCAGUGUAACAGUGCUAUGAGCAUAACAAAGAUGCUUUCCAAAACCAACGAACAGAAAGUGAGCCCAAGAGAAAUUGCUGAUAACAUUUCCAGAAACAUUCCUGACAACAAAUACAUUGAGAAGGUUGAAAUCGCUGGUCCUGGUUUUAUUAACGUCCACUUGAGAAAGGAUUUUGUGUCCAAACAACUGAGCAGUUUACUGGUGAAUGGAGUUCAACCACCGGCUAUUGAAAUCAGGAAAAAGGUGGUGGUUGACUUCUCUUCCCCUAACAUUGCCAAAGAGAUGCAUGUUGGUCACCUGCGGUCGACUGUUAUUGGAGACAGCAUGUGCCGUCUGUUUGAGUUUGUGGGCUAUGAUGUUCUGAGAUUAAACCAUUUAGGAGAUUGGGGCACCCAGUUUGGAAUGCUCAUUGCUCACCUCCAAGAUAAAUUUCCGGAUUUCCUGACUGUUUCACCCCCCAUUGGGGAUCUCCAAGCUUUUUACAAGGAAUCCAAGCGGAGAUUUGACACAGAGGAAGAAUUUAAGAAGCGAGCCUACCAGUGUGUGGUCCUACUACAGAGCAAAAAUCCAGACUUCAUUAAAGCAUGGAAACUGAUCUGCGAUGUAUCUCGGAAAGAGUUCCAAAAAAUCUAUGACUGCUUGGACAUUAAACUAAUAGAGAGAGGGGAAUCGUACUACCAAGAUAUGAUGAAAGAUAUUGUGCAAGAAUUUGAAGACAGAGGAUUUGUACAGAUGGAUGACGGGAGGAAGAUUGUGUUUGUCCCAGGAUGCUCUGUUCCUUUAACAAUCAUGAAGUCAGAUGGAGGUUUCACAUAUGAUACAUCUGACUUAGCUGCUCUUAAGCAAAGGCUAUUUGAGGAAAAGGCUGAUAUCAUUGUUUAUGUGGUGGAUAGUGGGCAGUCAGUGCACUUGCAGACAGUAUAUGCAGCAGGUCAGAUGAUUGGCUGGUAUGACCCUGCCGUGACCAGAGUAGUCCAUGCUGCAUUUGGAGUGGUACUGGGAGAAGAUAAGAAAAAGUUCAAAACUCGUUCAGGGGAUACAGUGCGGCUCAUUGAGCUACUGGAAGAGGGGCUGAAACGAUCAAUGGACAAACUGAAGGACAAAGAGCGUGACAAGGUCCUAACUGAAGAAGAACUGAAGGCUGCCCAGACAUCAGUUGCUUUUGGCUGCAUUAAAUAUGCUGACCUUUCCCAUAACAGAAUGAAUGAUUACAUCUUUUCUUUUGAUAAAAUGUUGGAUGACCGAGGAAAUACAGCUGCUUACUUGCUCUAUGCCUUCACUCGAAUCAGAUCUAUAGCACGUCUGGCCAACAUUGAUGAAGAGAUGCUGCAGAAGGCAGCUAGAGAAACAAAGAUAUUACUGGACCAUGAAAAGGAGUGGAAACUGGGCAAAUGCAUUCUGAGAUUCCCUGAGAUUCUGCAGAAGAUUUUGGAUGAUCUCUUAUUACACACACUCUGUGACUACCUCUAUGAGCUGGCCACCACCUUUACAGAGUUCUACGAUAACUGUUACUGUGUGGAAAAAGACAGGCAAACUGGAACGAUAGUGAAGGUGAACAUGUGGAGAAUGUUGCUGUGUGAAGCAACAGCUGCCGUUAUGGCCAAAGGGUUUGACAUCCUGGGCAUCAAACCAGUCCAGAAGAUGUAACUACUUCUGCACUUGGGCCUCUUGUAUUUUACUAAACUAGUUUUCUUAGCUGUCAUAGUGGAGUCUUAUUCAAACCCUACUUUAAAAAUAAAAAAUUGCUAACAUUG